AUGGCACAAGGCUGGUUUUCAAUGAGCGGAAGUAACAGCGGAGAUCAGCAACAGCAGCAGCAGCAGACGGGAACGUCUCUGGUAGCUGAUUGGAAUUCUUACGCAGCGUCGAGAGAUUUUGAAGAAGACACCGGAAGUUUAGGGUUUGAUAUCGAAUCUGCCGUUAGAUCUGCCAACAACACCGUUUCGGGUACCUUCAAUGUCUUCUCAAAAGGAGUUAGAGAUCUUCCAGGGAACCUGCAGUCUGCAACAAGCAGUAUGCCUUCAGGAAAAGCGUUCAUGUAUUUCGGUUUACUCCUAGCAAGUGGUGUGUUCUUCGUCUUCCUUGCCUUCACAAUGUUUCUUCCAGUCAUGGUGCUCAUGCCACAGAAAUUCGCAAUUUGCUUCACCCUUGGCUGUGGAUUUAUCAUCGGAUCAUUCUUCGCUCUCCGUGGCCCGCAAAACCAACUCGCUCACAUGUCAUCAAGAGAGAGGCUUCCACUAACUUUAGGAUUCAUUGCCACCAUGGUUGGUACCAUAUAUGUCUCAAUGGUGCUCCAUAGCUACAUUCUCUCCGUGCUUUUCUCUGCGUUACAGGUUGUUGCACUGGUUUAUUACUGUAUAUCCUACUUCCCUGGUGGAUCAUCGGGAAUGAAGUUCCUCAGUUCUACUCUUACCUCCUCCGUCUUCAGAAUCUUUGGGAGAUGA